UCAAACGAUGCAGAGUUAGACUGACCCCAGGGUAGGAAAGCAUGCCUGCACAGCUGUAACUGAAUAGCGCAUUGGCUUGAAGCAAUUUCACACUGUCUAAUAUUGUAAUACCAAAUAUGGUCAGUGUAUAUAUCAUACUCAACAAAACUGGCAUGAGAGGCAGCCCUGAAUACCUAUUCCCUCCACACAGGCGGUGCUUGAUAUACUUUGCAUUGUGUGUUUUCCAGUGUCACACAUGAGUAACAUGAGGAUUCUCAGUUAGUUUCAGCAGGAGGUUGGGCAGAGAAAGAACACCUUUAUUUAUUCACACGAACAGCUGUAUUGUAACAUUUAGCAAUUCUGUCUACAGUAUAUGGUAAUGUGCUUUAAAUUUUCAGAGGCAACAUGUCUCCAUUUCCAUGCACUUUGUUUUCCUUCUCUGUUUUCUCACGGUCUCCUUCUGCCUGCCUGCAGACUGUUUUUAGACAGGUCAAAUCUGUCUCAGCUGUUAUCAGUGUCAUGCUGUGUGUGUGUGUGUGUGCAGUGGCGCUUCAUGCACUCCAUUAUCACAAAUCCAGCACCCUCCUCCAAACCGUCCUCUACUGUCGCUUCAUUUUCUCCACUUCCAUUUUCACCAUACAUUCAUACACAUAUGACCACUUCCAUUUCCCCACUCACAAAUGACCUACUGAUGAAACACACAUGGUAGAUCAGGGGUGUCCAAACUUUUUCUACCGAGGCCCACAUACUGAAAAAAGAAAGGAUGUAAGGUCCACUUUGAUGUUGUGUAAUACACAGAGAAGUUCUAUUUUAAAAAAAAAAUGCCUCUCAUCUGAAAGUCUAUUAUUAGUAUGAACUUUUUUGUACUUACUCUAAAUAUUUCAACUUUCUUUGUAAAUGUUCUUCUUUGUAAUAUUACGACUUUAUUCCUAUGUGUUCUAUUGUUGUUGACCACAAAGGACGAUCACGGCAAAAGCUUUGAACUAUUAUGGCACUCUCUGACCACACGUCGGUUUCACAAGAUCAGUACAGGUUGCUGACACAUUCGACUUGAACUUGGACCGGUGGUAGGUACGGAUGCCUUGAAGCAAGGCACUACUGCAGGGAGCCGCGAGCGCUUCAAGACAAUUGGCUAUGAUUUCAGGCCUUAGACAUCCGGGUCCACAAUCAAAAACCAGACCAAACCAUUGAAGUAAUGAAAGAGAAACUGGAAGUGCUACAUGAGGUAGUAGCGACGGUGAGAUCUAAGCUUGCAGAUUGACAGCCUCAAGGGAAGCUUCUCUGAGAAAGUCAAGAACCUUAACCUUAGGGAGGAAAAUACAGUGUCAUUCCACUACACUGACAUAUCAAUUUAUAUCGAUUUAUAUUCCUAUGGCCCUAUACAUUGGACUGUGUUCAAGUCGCCAUUCCAGACGACAUAUAUCGUUCUAACAUUACUUGAAUGGCAACUAAUCAAUUGCAUCGAUACUCGGACAUAAAGCAUCGGAUAUAACCAUGACAGACGGAUAUUGAAAAAUCAACGCAAAAAGUUACGUAUAGCUUUGAACAUUAUUCUUGUGAAAUGAUUAAGUGAAUUUUCCUCAACCUAGUGUUCCAAAAACUGCAACUUUAUUCACUUCUUGAAUCGUUUUUUUCCCAUCUUAUGACUUAUGUCUUGUAAAACUCCAACUUCUUUCUCGUAAGAUUACAACCGUUUUCUCUUAAUAUUAUGACUUUAUUCUGCUGAUAUUUUCACUUUAUGCUCAUGAGAAAUUAUUCUUUUUUCCGUGUUACUGUUGUUUUCUUAAGUUUUGCUUUGUUUGGUUUUUGAAUGUGCAGGGCCAAGAAAAAUAGUUGUGGGCCAUAAAUGCCCCCCUGGACAGUACUUUGGACACACCUGCAUUAAAACAUUGCCUCUAAAACACAAACCAACUGAUAAAUUAAAUGUAAAGGACUGAGGACUCAGCAUGCCAAAGAUGAAGGUUUUCUGGCCCCCGCCCACACAACUAUGAAACGCACGUCCCUAAAUUGUCUUCUCUCCCCACUCCAGUUUGGGCCUGACCGUCUUGCAGAUGAACUCGCACCGCACUGGCGCCACUUCUGCAGCCAAAUGUGGCGCAAUCAAUGUUUUUCUCGUUUCACAUCCAGCGCUUUUCUCUCCAAGGUUCAUCGUUUUAGUUGGGUGGCUCCAGGAAGACGCACUGGUCGGAUCUAAAAAGAAAGAGCCAUGUCUGCAGCCCAGGGACUUCUCAACAGCGUCUUCUGGUGCUCAUCUCCAGCCUCCAAAGCGUUAACGAAACGGAGGUUACGGCAGACCAGGAGUCUGGACCCCGCCAUCAUCAGACACUGCAGCACCGGGACCGAAGGAGCGGUGCCACAGGACGCCUGUGCGCCUUUGAAACCGGCUACGCGCGCCAAGACUUUAACAUUGAAAGAACCCAUCGCAGCAUCCAUCUCCUCUCCCUCCAUACCUCUGGACCUAUCCCCUUGUUCUAACUUUCACUUUGACUAUGAGAUCGUUAAGCGCUCCAAACGCAACACGACCGGCGAUUUACCACUGCUUCUGCGGGGGUCCGUUCCAUCUGGGAGCACCGGAUCACUCUUCUCACCCCGGAGGUGGCUCCAGAGGAGGACCCAGGCACCCAUCAGUCAUGCUGACGUCGUGUGGAAGUCAGAGGGUGACUUCACAUGGAGCAGUCUGUCUGGCCAGAGUGUACGUCUGACUUCGGUCGCCAUUCAGAGUCUUUCAGAACUGGAGAGAGCCAGACUCCAGGAAGUGGCCUUCACCCGCUUGCACCAAGACUAUGAUGUUGGAUGCCAGAUAACUUUGCCAAAAGAUGGACAGAAAAGGAAAAAGUCGCUCAGGAGGAAGCUGGAUUCUUUAGCCAAAGAGAAGAGUAAGGACAAAGAGGGUGUCCCUCAAGCCUUUAGUAUACCCCUCUCGCAGGUCAUUGCGAACGACAGGACGCACAGGCAGCGCCAGGACAGCUAUCGUCAGGAUCCGCCACAGCGAGAGGAGCACAAGGACUCCUCUGACCUCGUCUCCUCCAUCCUACAGUUUGCCACCAAGCGGCCGUCAAAUAAGGAACUCUCAAGCAGCAACUCCUCAUUGAGCUCCACAUCAGAAACAGCCAAUGAGUCAACAUCGCCCAACACACCUGAAGCUGCACCACGAGUGCGCAGACGGGGUGGGAUGUCAGUGGAUUCGAUCACUGACCUGGACGACAACCAGUCUCGUCUGCUGGAGGCGCUACAGCUUUCGCUGCCUGCAGAGACACCAAAUAAAAAGGAGAAACAAAGGGACAAACGUUUGAGCCUCAACCCUAUAUACCGCCAGGUGCCCCGUGUGGUCGACAGCUGUUGCCAACACAUUGAGAAAUACGGUUUGCACACUGUCGGAAUUUUCAGAGUUGGAAGUUCCAAGAAAAGAGUUCGACAGUUGCGUGAGGAGUUUGACCGCGGCUUUGAUGUCCAAUUAGAUGAGGAGCACAGCGUCCACGACGUGGCCGCCUUGCUGAAGGAGUUCCUCAGGGACAUGCCUGACCCACUCCUCACCAAGGAGCUGUACACUGCCUUCAUAAAUACUACAUUGUUGGAUCCAGAUGAGCAGCACAAUGUCACCCAGCUAUUGGUCUACCUGCUCCCAGUAUGCAACAGUGACACUCUUCAUCGCCUGCUGGAAUUCCUGUCCACUGUGGCUGACCACGCCCAUGACCAGCAGGACAAGGAUGGACAAGAGAUCACAGGAAACAAGAUGACUUCCUUGAACCUUGCCACCAUCUUUGGUCCCAACCUACUCCAUAAACUAAAAUCCUCAGACAAGGAGUUCAGUGUCCAAAGCUUUGCACGAGCCGAGGAAAGCACCGCCGUCAUUGCAGCGCUGCAGCGGAUGAUCGCCAGCUACCAGACACUCUUCAUGGUCCCACCUGACCUCCAAAAUGAAGUUUUGAUGAGUCUACUGGAGACCGAUCCAGAUGUAGUGGACUACCUCCUGAGGCGAAAAGCAUCACAGAGUCCUGAUCUCCACCAGUCUGAGGAUCCGUUCACUCUGAGUGAGCGCCACUCCUCCAGCGACUCCAACAAAGUGUCCAGCGGGGAAGUGUCCCCCUAUGACAACAAUUCCCCCAUCCUGCGUGAACGGCGAGGGGAGGCAGGAAAGCCGGGAGCUGACAGCUGGUCUGCACCAGGUGAUCUAUUCUUGGACCAAACGUCUGACUUGCUUUUCAUGCAAGGGGCGUCAUGUCCAUCAUUCGACCUUGUUUCUUGUUUACUUCCUUUAGACAGUAUAUCGGAGGAGCAUGCAAACAUCUGGGGAACAUGGCACGCAACUCUCAAACCAACACUGAAAGACCAAACAUACACAGGUUCCCAUGGCAACGUGUCAGAAGGAAGCUCCCGCAGCUCACAGGAGGGACUUGAUGGACUCCAUGGUGACAGCAGACACCAGCCGAUGGCGCAAAUGACGAGAACAGCGCCUUGCAUUGCUGAGUGCAGACCCCACCCGCCGGUAACCCGCAUGUGCACCAGCCCUCAUGUGAGCACGAGGCGCCCGCACCUGCAGCCGGGCAUCGGUGUUGCAUCAGCAUCAUCGCUUGUGAACCGAACAGUGGGGGCCCAGCAUGGAGCCACACCGACGUCUGGCCCGAAGGGCAGGGUGAACACUAACGAGGGCAGCUCUGCCGUUCUCACCGGAAGCCGUUGCCCUCCUCCUUAUAACGCUCAUCACCGACUGGCCGCUUGUCAAAGUUCACCUCAGCUUGCGUCAGCUCAGCAGCACCCUCUGCAGCACAGAAAGCCAAGUGCAGAGCAGAAAAACUCAGAUGGGGCGAUGACGCCGCACACCUCAGAGUGGCAGGAAUGGCAGAGGGACCGUUGGCAAAUCUGGCAGCUGCUAUCUUCAGAAAAUGCAGACACAUUGCCAGAGACUCUGGUGUGAGAUCAAGUCCAGCUUCAUGCCAGAUUUGACUCACCCAUGACAAUCACACGGCAUCAUCUUUCCAUCUAGUCCGUAUCUGGAUCCGCCAGCAUGUUCACGCCACGGCAUUGUUGUUUACAUGUUAAGCUGCUGCCUUCUAUGAACUUUGAACCAUCCAUGAGCCACCACACUCUUUUCUAUGUUUGCAUAUAGUUUCUGCCCGACAUGUGGAAAAUGCCCACCAGAAAUACCUCAAAAAUCACCACAACUCUUCAGAGCAUUGCCAUGAAUACCAUUCUGGUGCCGUGUAGCCAUUUACAGUUUCUCUCAGUGGCGAACAAUAGCUGUUAAGCUAGUAAAAGAGCAACUUUUGCAACUGCUAUAAACCGAAUUCUUAUAUGUGCCACGAAAGGAGCUCUUCAAACUGAUGAAAUGUUUCAUUCGCCAAAACUAGCUCAACUCAUUCUUCAAGCCUUUAAUAUAAAUGUUGUCCUCAGUGUUGAAUGUAAUCGUAAUAUCAAAGCACUCAGCUGUAAGUAUACCACUUGUUGCACUAUAAGGUAAGUGCCAAAUACGUAUUGAUUUUUACUUAAAGAUAUUUGUUGGUUUCCUUUUAUGUAUUUGUUCAGAGGUUACCAGGCAGGCCGAGAACAUUUGCAUAGUAUUUCCGAAAGUAUCCAUUUUAGCUCCUGGCUUAAAAUACACAAACUGUGCUGUGACAGACGAAACAUAAUAUUCUAACUGUAUAUGACAUAGUCGAUGAAAUACACACACACAUACACACACAUAUUUGUUGAAACCAGGCAACAAUGAUGAAACCUUGUUUUUUGUCAUUCAAUUUAUUAACCAAAACGUACGAAAACUAAGGCAAUUUUUCCAGUUGGAAUGUAGGUCCACUUCAUCAAAAACAACAAAAAAUUUGUUUGAUCAAGAAUAAGUACAAUUUUACGUGUCUUUCUUCGGCCUCACAGCGGGUUAUUCAGCACACAGACAGUGAGGGGCUGUCCACACGGAAAUGUUUUUUCGCUCGAACCUUUCAUCCACACGGAAACUGUUCUGGCAAACUGUAUUUUAAAAUAAAUUCUUCCACAGGUACGACAAAAUAUCUGAAUACUUGAACUGACAUAACUCACCCCGGUCGACAUUCUCCUGAUAUUUUCUUUUUUUUUUUGUCUUACACUCCAAAAUGACUCACCAAAGUAAUUCCACUUGGGCAUCAAUUUAGACGAGCCCUGGAAAGUGGACGAUGACAGACUUUAUGCCCUUUUCUUGUAUGGUUUUCGACUCACGUGGUUCUGUGUGUCAGUUUACAGCGCCACAUGUGUGUCUUACAUAUUACAUCAUUUUCACCCAGCAAUCCAUUCCGUGUGCAUGCAACUAUUUACUAAUCAGGAAGAAAAAAACAGGAACUUUUCCGUGUGGACCGGGUCAGAGUCCGCUGUGCAUAGGGUGCUUUGUUUGGGCCCUUGAUUUUGCGGAACAAUACAAUACAAUACAAUAUAUGCCUUUAUUCGUCCCUCAGUGGGGAAAUUUGUAACAAGUCCAACAGACUAAGUGUAAUGUUGUAUGAAACCUGAGGCAUACAAAACCUGAGGUUCGGGUGUAUAGUCACAUGACUCCAAUUUGCAAAACAAGGGGGUUAAACAGAUAAUGGCUAAAAUGCCCAUUUAAUCUGAUAAGAAACUAGCAAUCCAAUUAUUAAUCUGCUUUCUCGAUACACGAUACACCCCAGGUGUAGAAAGGUGUCUUUUUGUCUUUCCAAUCGACCUACAUAACCCCUCCAAAUACAUUUAAACACAACAAGAAAUGGGAACCUUUAUUAUUAACAUUAGAAUGGUUAAUGCCAAGUUGGUGAGGGUUAAGAGUGUGUUAGCGUGAAACAGCACUUCUAAUUGAAACACAAAAGCCAAGCUGGACAAGAGCUCUCCAAAGAUUUAAUCUGGUGGAUAUUUGCUGGCAAAUAAUUCACAAAUUCUGAAAUGAUGUAUUUGUAUUUCUUUGAAGGGCUAAGAAAAUAUCAGGAAGUAGUCCAUAAAAUGUGGUUAGAAUCUGGCGCCAUCUAGUGUCGGUUCUUUUGCUGCUUAGGUGAACAGGUUCUACGGUGUUAAAGGGACUAAUUACAACUGGCUCAAGAUUACAGUGUUUUCAACACAAUAUAUAAAUAGAACACCACCUGCUAGUAUAUGUUUCCAAUGGUUGUUUAAAAGAACAAAGUGUCAGUACUUUUCACAAUAACGAGGUAAACUGCAUGAAUAUUUGUGUACAUUUUUUUGGUGUACAAAUAAUUGGACGGUUACUCAAGGGUACGUUUAGUGCUUUAGUACUCAAAGCAGGAAGAAGUUUCGCUAUACUGCUUUCAAAAACAGACUAUCCCCUCUAGGCAGCUGGAGAAAUCUGCUGCUUUAAGAGAAAUACCCAUUUAAGGUAGGAAUUUAACAGGCCUUAUGUUAUGCUCCACUCCACAAAAGGUUUAUAUUUUGUUAAAUGUUUAGCAAAUGUGCUUCUAUGAGUGUAAUGAUAUACCGAAUGUAUGUUUUUUUAUUGGAAAAUGUAAAAGUGGAAAAUGUAUAUAUAUAUAUUAUAUGCAUACAAAUGGUUCUAGUGUUGUGUUCCUGGUUUUAAAUACCAGCGUGCCAUUUUUUUGGACAUGAGUGGAGUUGUCCAGUUGUAAUGCCAUUUUUUGCUAAUUGGCCUUUUUUGUACCAUGUGUCAUCGGUAUGCUACAGUGGAAUUAAAUAUGGUUUAUAGUUCA